UCCUCACGUAAACGGUAAUGUCAAACCAUUGAUUCUAUCUGAAAAAAGUAUUGUGGUAUCCAUUGAGUGGCUAUAUUGUAUAAUGCCAUCCUAUUCUAACGUCAAGGGUAAGGAAUAGGUCAGGUCACGAUGCAACGAACAACGAAAGCCUCUGUGAUGUUAUGCGCUUUCGCAUCUGCUGUCCCUCUACCGCACAGCAUUCAGCUGCAACAUAUUAGCUGCCCGCUUGUGCUCGAAGGCGCUUGCCGCUGUCCCAAUCGGAUGCAGUGGCGCUGUCAAAGCUCACGGUUGUGGUUGAGUAUGCUUGUGACCACACACCGCAGGAAUGACAUUGUUGCGAUCCAUAGAACGAUAUCGAAGUUGUGCUGUUGAACAUGUAUACAAAGGAUGAGCUGUGGAAGGUUUGUGCUCUUGUGGAUUUUGAUGCAUGCAUGGUACUUCAAAGCAGUGGAUUUCAC